CAUGCAGAAAGUGAGAAAACAGGCAUGUGACUUACAGUGAUGGUAGCCCUGAUGGAUUAUCAUUGAAAAGUAAUCCUUGGAUCUGACACAAUGACUGUGAAUGUUAAUAUCUCAAACUUGUACAUUCCACUGUACAAUUCAGAACACACAGGUCCAAAACUGGAUGCAACCCUCAUCCUUCUUGAGAAACAGGAAAUGCCAGCUGUGAAGCCAGAGGCUCAACCUGGAAGGGGAAUACGUUCUAUGCUUCCUUAAUCAAAUGCAAGAAAAGUUCCUACUGGAGGAAUGAGGUUUGGUCUGUGCCAACAACAGUGGCAGCACAACCUGAAAGGAGAAGGAAGAGACACAAACUGGAUUCUGCCCUUUCCCACAUCAUCCAGUACCCACUGUGACAGACCUGGCAGAAUCGUCUAUGCUACAUUGUGUGAAACAAAAUUUUUGGUGCUUGAGGAACUCAAACACAGACCAAUGCAAAAACCCACCACAUGUUUAUAACAGCUCGUCAGACUUUAAGUUCACUGGAGACGACAAAUCAGACUGUACUUUAUUAAUCCACAAUGUACAGUUAAAUUAUUCUGGAGUUUACAGAUUCAGAUUUAUUACUGAUAAGGACAAAUACACAGGUGAACCUGGAGUGACUCUACAAGUUACAGAUUUAAAGGUGUCACUAAUCAGACUCAGUGGAAACGGAACCCUUAAACAAGGAGACUCCUUAAAUCUGACGUGUGAUGUGAGCUGCACAAACACUUCCUCACAGUUUGUGUGGUCUAAGAACAACCAGCGUUUAUAUACAUCAGGACCCGUUCUUCACUUUCCUGCUCUAACCCUGAGGGAUUCUGGGGAUUACACCUGCACUUGGGGAACCGGUGAGACGUCAGGAUCUGAAACCAUCAGCCUUCACGUGGAGGACUUAGGUUUGGACACCAUACUAAAAUUCUGUGAACUAGAAGCUCUUCGUCCUCCUCCUCCUCCACUUUCUCCUCCUUCUCCUCUGUUGGCCAACAGAUACUUGAUUUAUAAGAGACUUGGUAGAGGAAGUUUCGGCACUGUUUAUCUCAUUGAAGACACAAGAACGUCCAGAGACAAACUGUAUAAACCUUACAGACAGAAAGUGAACUCAAAGUCUGACAGUGAAGCUCUUCAAUCUAGAAUAACAGUAGCACAUUGGAACAAAGGCUCCUGCAAUUCCCCCCUUAAUGGAGUAUUGAACACCCGGAUCACUUCUGGAACACAUCACUUCUGCUCUGUUAAUAAAUAAAAAGAGGAAAUCUAAAGAGAAAGGAACCUGGACUUAGGAACAAUGUCCUGUUACAACAUCACUGAGAAAUAACAGAAAUAACUCCUGCGGCUUGAAAAAAGCUCUCUCACUUUUAUUCUGAAGAAACACUUACUAAGGCUUAUUAACUUCCUCCUGAGUAACUCUGACAGAUAGAAGUUCUUGUACUUGGACCACAGAUAGUCAGAAGUAAGCUAUCUGAUGACAUAGCAACUCAUGGUCUUUUUAUUUAGCAAAUUUAUCAUUUAUUCUGUAUAUCAGGAUUGUAACAGUGCACUCAGAGCCCAGGACCUGAGCAAUUUAAAAGGUUUUAAUAAUUUUACUAAUGUUGUGUUUUAUUUCUUAUUAAUGAUCAUGAUAUUGUAACUUACUUACUGCUAAAUCAGAAAUCUUUCAUCAGAUCAAAAUGAAAUGUUC